CGACAACCUCGAGCUCCAGUAUCCUGCAAUCUACGAUUCAACGGCAGAACCCCAACUUCGUGCAGCCUGUGUACUUGUACUUGUGUUCAUUUUAUCUGCUAGAGUUUUCAAGGUCUCACAUGUACAUGCAACUACAACCACGAUGAAUUCUGUCUCAACGACCUGGUUUCGAGCGUGCCGGGCACCAUGUCGCAACAUUGUCCCGACGUGCUCGUCGUCGUCAUCAAAGAUGACGAGCUUCUCGGUGUCGAGAGCACCUCAGAGAAUAAGAGCUCCUCAUUCUCGACAACAAGUCACAUGUUUUUCCUCACUACGAUCAGUCCGCGAAGCUCAACGUGUCCAUGAUGAUGCACCUUUUCCACGCGCGUCCGCCGCCGCAGCUCGACCCUCCCCUGACCUCUCCUCUCCAGCGACCACGACCGGGUCGAUACCAUUGUCGGGCGGUACGCCUUCCAACUCCACCGUCUCGGAUACACAGGCUCCGAAGGAGGAACAAAACGACGCCACGAAGAAGACGCCCGCAAAAGGUCACACCAUGGUAGGCAGGGUGUCUCGAGUCGGCACCAUGAACAAGACGGUCCGAGUCAGCCGUACGGUGCAAGUUUGGGAUAGACAUUUACAGAAGUAUUACAAACGGAAAGCCCACGACAUGGUCCACGACCCCGACAACACCUUGAACGAAGGUGACGUGGUCGAGUACGGCGGCGCCGAGACCAGACGAAAGCCUGCGCCGGUCGUCGCCGGCACCCAGAUAGAGGGCACCGGCACCGGCACCCGCAAAAACGUCAAGUACGUCGUUCACCAGGUCAUCACUCCGUUCGGCCUUCCGGUCGACGUGAGACCUCCGCGCACCGUCGGCAGUCCCAAGGGCCGCUGGGAAGGUACGGCGGGAGAGGUGAUCAAGGGCAACGUGCGGCAAAGGGCCCGAGGGAAAUCCAAGGCUCAUUAAAAGGGAAAGAAAGGUCGAGCUUAACUUCCCCCACCACCACCACCUCCUCCUCCUCCACCACCCAAGAGGACGAAGAGAAGGGAAAAGACGGACGCAAACCUGUUUCCAUCGGGAUUGUUUGCAUCGCGCAGCGUCACCGAAGAUAUCGAUCUGACCAGGCCUGAACCGGUCAUUCUCCCGACGACUCAGUGCGCCGUAGCACACUUCCCGACUUCUUCCAGCAAGUUCUGGCUCGCAAAUCCUCGGGAGGCCUAAUCGACAAUGUGCAGAAAUGGAUCCGGAGCCCUUCCCAUGUGUCUUGUCUGGUCUUGUGCUAGGGCGAAGACUAGAUCCCCCUCAACGACUGUUCCCUUUUGGCCCAGUAACGUCGUCCUCUACCUCUCGUAGGGUUCAGGAUUCAGGUUGAGUCUCUCCAGACACAUAUGGUUUCCUCAGAACUGGUCCGUCAUGAUCUCUGUCACCCUCACCAUAACCAUGGCUACGGUCCACACCUAUCCCCCGGGGGGGGAUUCAAUGACGAAGAAUGGUGGCAAAGUGGGAAAGAGUCCUUUUUCGCCAGACAAGCUUGCCUGGUCGAGGACUCACUCUUUGGACGUCCAUGAAAGAAUUUAAGCCCGUGAGUUGUGUUGGCCGCCAUUGGGUGGGAGGAAACAAUGUACUCGUACGGACCGUUGAACAUUCUUCGGUGUAAAAUAUAUAUACAUACAUACAUCUAAAGUCCUAUUUUCUGGC